AAGUUACCCUCCGCUCGCCCUCCAGUGGAACUUGAACUUGGCGAGUUCGCGCAGUGGAAGGAACUGAUAAAUGAUAGUGGAAGGAUCAAAACGAGGAUUCCUUGUAAGGACAUAAUGGCAACUGUGAGAAGAAGGGUGUUUUCUCUAUUGUCUCGUACCCAAAAUUUCAAUUUUAACACAAAAUCUCAUUUAACUGUUCCUUUAUCACAACCCAUUAACUCAAAAUCAGAUGAUCAAAUGCUUUUUCGCAUCCUUGAAUCAUGCAAACUGUUUCCAAACUUAAGAACUGCAGUUGCUGUGCACAAUAAAAUCAUUAAACAUGGGUAUGUUAUUGCCAAUAUGAUGAUCACCAGUUUCAUGGAGAUUGGGGAAACUGAUAUUGCGAAGAAUGUUUUUUCUGCAAUACCUGCCCGAGAUGUGAUAACAUGGAACUCAACAAUUGGAGGUUAUGUAAAAAAUGGAUUAUUUAAGGAUUCCAUCGACAUCUUCAAAGAAAUGUUAAGGAAAAACAUUGAGCCAGAUGGAUUUACUUUUGCAUCUGUUGUAACUGCAUGUGCUAGACUUGGAGCUCUUAGACAUGCAAAAUGGGUACAUGGUUUGAUGAUUGAGAAACGAAUUGAAGUGAAUUACAUCUUAUCUUCUGCACUAGUAGAUAUGUACUCAAGAUGUGGAAGAAUUGAAACAGCAAAAGAGAUUUUCAAUACUGCCCAAAGAACUGAUGUUUCCGUGUGGAAUGCAAUGAUAAAUGGGUUAGCACUCCAUGGUCUCGCUUUAGAUGCGAUUUUGGUAUUCUCAAUCAUGAAAGUGGAAAAUGUUUCACCAGAUUCUGUAACAUUCGUUGGAAUUCUAACAGCAUGUAGUCACUGUGGUUUUAUAGAAGAGGGUCGCAAGUAUUUUAAUUUGAUGCAAAGAGAACACUCAAUUCAGCCACAACUUGAGCAUUAUGGUGCAAUGGUUGAUCUGUUGGCCCGAGCUGGACUCAUAGAAGAAGCUUAUGCAAUGAUUAAGGAAAUGCGAAUGGAGCCCGAUGUUGUUAUAUGGAGGGCAUUGCUUAGUGCUUGUAGAACUCACAAAAAUCCUGAGUUGGGUGAAGUUGCAAUAAAAAGAAUAAAGCACCUCGAAAGUGGAGAUUAUGUCCUACUGUCGAAUAUUUACAGCUCUAUGAAGAAAUGGGACAGUGCAGAAACAGUGAGAUACACUAUGAAAAAGAAUGGAGUCCGUAAAUGCAGUGGAAAGAGUUUGGUGGAAUUGAGAGGUGUCAUUCACCAAUUCAAGGCUGCUGAUCGAUAUCACCCUGAAACUGAAGCAAUAUACAGAGUAUUAGAUGCAUUGAUCCAUCGCACCAGAAUGCAAGGUUAUGUCUCUAUGUCAGACCUAGUUUUCAUGGAUAUAUCUGAAGAAGAAAAGGAGGAAAACUUGAAUUAUCAUAGCGAAAAAUUGGCAUUGACCUAUGCAAUCAUAAAGUCGAGUCCUGGGACUGAAAUUCAGAUAUCCAAGAACCUUCGUACUUGUCCUGAUUGCCACUCUUGGAUGAAAAUUGUUUCACAGGUAUUGAAUAGGGUAAUAACAGUGAGGGAUAGGAUCCGAUUUCAUAGGUUCGAAAGUGGCUUUUGCACUUGUGGAGACUAUUGGUAGUCAAUGUUAGAGAUUUAUUACGCAAAACUUAAUUAUGGAUGGUUGGAGGCUUUACUGGAAGAUGGAGAUAAAAAAGUUAAUCUGAUUUGAAGAGUUUGAGGGUUGCAUAAUGAUUUACUAAAUCAUUAUUCUGAAGCUUAAAGUUUUCAGAUUGUUGACACUUGACUAUACAUCUCACCCCUUUGGUUAAAUGUGAGGAGCAACAAUGCCACUGAUAGAUUACGGACAAACUGGAAGA